ACCAACAGAGUUUGAAACAGAUAUCUACAGUGCUUGUUUCCUCUGUCAGUGUGUCUCGUUGUAUGGUCAAAGAUGGGAGGGGGGGAGGCGCACGCACGCACGCACACACACACACACACACACACACACACACACACUCACUCGGCAUCCACUGCUGAUGUCAGACUCCAGUCAUGUCGACCCUCCUCAGCACCAUCAGCACCACCAUCUUCAUGGCUUUUCCACAGAGAUCUAACUGACGAUGGAUCUAUUCCGCAGAGGAGAGCUGGGGCUGCUUGGAGGAGGAGAAGGGCUGAGAGAUGAUGUGGGUGUUUCCGGGAUCAGCUGGUCAGCCAAUCGGCUGCCAGAGGACAUGUACCCGGCGUCAGGAUUGGCCCUGGCUGCGGCCUAUCAUGACAUCAAGACCCGGUUGGCCAGUUUGGAGAGGGAGAACAGCAGCAUAAAGAGGAAGCUCAAACACUACGAGGUCAAGUUUCCUAUGAUCAGUGAAUUUGGAGAGGAGAGGAUACUCUGCUGUUCCUGUGAGCCCAUCAUCAAGGAUACCAGUGUUAUCCAAUCAGAGACCACCAACCUACAGCAGAGGAUCAACUCUCUCACUCAGGAGCUCCAGAAGAGUAAGGAGAGAGAGGAGAGGUUGGAGGAAGUCAUCCAGGCUUAUGAGAAGAUUCACUUGGAGAAAAGCAAUGUCCAGAGAGACCUAGAUAAGAUGACGACUCUAGCAGAGCAGCAUGUGGAGCGGAUCCACAGUCUGGAGUCGGCUCUCAGACAGAGAGAAACCUCCCUUCAGACACUCAGCGCUCAGCUCCGCAGCAAAGACACACAUCAGUCUCAACUCCACACAAGCCUGGAUGUACCCAGAGAGGGCCGUGGGCCAACGCUGCAAAGCUCCCGCAGUCUGGACGCCUUGUCAGACUUGAAGCUACAGCGACUCGAGGCGGAGCUGGAGGGGGCGAGGCACCAGGCUGAGGGAGCCUGUCAGAGGGAGAAGGAGCUGAGGGCCAAGCUUCAGAGGCUGCAGCAGGAUGUAGCUCAGCUACAGGAUGCCCAGAGACAGUCACAGGACUUGUCCACACACUGUGAGCACUGUGAUGUGGAAUGGAUAAAGAAAGCCGGGGACGAACAGGUGAACCUAGCAUUAGCUUAUACUGAGCUAACGGAGGAGUUGGGUCGUGUUCGCAAUCUGGCAGUGAAACAGAGUGACCUUCUGCGACACGUCUCCCAGGAGCCGGUCUCUCGUCCUCCCCCGGCUCCUCAGCGUCUCUCCCCUACUUCCCCCCAACGCCCCUCACUCUCUCCUGACAGGCUCCUCCCCACUACCUCUCCUCCUCUGUCACCAAACGACGGCCCUGCCUCUUACUCCCAUCAGCCAACGAGCAGCCGCCUACGAGCAAAGUUCCAGGGUCGCCGUAGUUAUUCAGAGGUAUCUGACCCGUCAGCCAUCCAGAGACCAUCGGCUCGCCUGAUGAGAGAUCCAGUAUCCACCCUCCCUAAGCCCAGGCCGCUCCUUGGGGAGAUGCAGGGUUAUGGCCAAGCCAAACCCCAGCUCCGGGCGUCCUUGGUGGGCCUGGUCAGACCAGCCUCGGCUCAUGGAGCCAGAGGAGAGAGAGGAGGGGGAGGAGAGAGAGGUGGGGGCAGCAGCCUGAGCAGCAGUCCUCAUCAUUGUGCUUUGGACCUGGGCUUCCCUCUGGCUGCUGAGGUGCAUCACUUUUGUCACCUUGACGACCCACCUGAGCCCACCCCACUGGUUACUCCACCACAGUCCUCUGAUGAUGAAGAGGAUGUAUGUACAUACCUAUCACCGGCUGCCAGCCCGCCUCAGACACUUGGUGCAAUUGGGAUUGGCUCAUCGUCUCCUAGGGAACAGCCGCUACACCCUUCAUUUCCGUCUCCUAGGAAACAGCCCCAUCAUCCCUCCUUCUCAGCACCUGAGGGCCCUGCCACCCUCUCCUGCCAUCUGCCUCCCUACAUGAACACUGAGCAUGCUCAGUCUUGGCCCUCCAUUAACUUGUGGAUGGAGUCAGAAGAGAGUGCUGUUCGUAGCUGUCCUCUGUGUCAGCUGACCUUCCCGACUGGUUACCCUGAUGACGCCCUCAUCAAACACAUCGACUCCCACUUGGAGAACAGCAAGAUAUGACUUCUUUUUGAGAGACGGGCACCAGGCCCGCCCUGAUUUUUUUGUUUUUUUUCCAGCAAUGGUUUAAUGAGCCUGCAUGCUUCUUUCUAUGGAACCUGCUCUGUACGACCACAGUCUUCUGGUAAAGGGGUCACAUGCCUUGCUCAAGGGACAUUUCCCUCUGCCCUUCCAAUUAAGAUUUUUUUAAUCUAACCAGUGACCUUUGUUUUUCUACCCUCCAGGCUCAAAUGUUUAUAAUUUCAAUGUCCAGCUUUUGAAUAUUUUCCUUUUUGUCCACCACGGACAUACAUCUCUCACAAAGCUCCAUAUUAACAAUACUGUAUGAAAUGGUGAUUUUUCUCUUCUCAUAACCACACUCUCCAUUUGUACAAAGACCUUAGUGCUAAAGAGCUAGCAGAUGUAAAGAAAUGACAUAGUGUUGUAUCUCUUGGAUACACUGCCACAGAGACAGGAGCUGCUGGAGCUCCACUCAUAUUGUCAUGUAUGGUGAUCUCAGAGAAGCUCAGAGAAGACAGAAGACAUGCUAGAAACAUCCAACACAUGCAAUGUCAAAGGCAUUUGUUGUUUUCAUGUCCCAACAUGCAUCAGACCUCGUGGAUGUUACAGCUCUCAUGACAACUUGUGACGGCCCAUAUUUCUGGACAUGAAAAUAACUGUUGUGAGGUAAAAUGAUUUAGAGGAAAAAAAUAAGUAAUUUAAUUAGUAAUGCACUCUUGUUUGAAUUGGAUAACACAUUUUACACCAUGUUGUCUAAUAGCCAGUUUCCAAAUACAAUUGAUAAUUUAUGGUUGAAGGAUAGUUUAAAGGAUCUAUUAGAGGGACUCAACAGGUGAGUGGUGUUCCAAAACAAACUAUACGUAAACUCAAGAGUGUAAAACUUUCCCAUGGUAAACAUGAAAUUGGAACAUGAGAAAAGGAGCACCUACUGUUGUAAUCAAGGUGCAUGGUUAAACCCACAAGGCAGAGACCUGUGGAGGACCAUGUUCACCACUUAUAAUUUUUGAAUAUUAUCUUAACUGUGUAUUUCACACUUUCCAUUAUCAAUUGUUAACCAGAUGCUUUUCAUCAUUGCUUUCUCUCCCUCAUGAAUAUGACUUUGUAUCUCAUAAUCAUCAGAUUAAAAAAGGAAUCUGAAAGAUCAGAUCAUCAACAGUGUGAAAAGAAACAGCACAGAAGUCAUAUACUGUGUUGCAGAUAUGUCCACUGAAGUUAGCAUGCUAACCAGCAAGCCCUGGCCCAUCCUGUCUCCUUAUACAGCUUUGUACCAGCAAAAGGAUGGUAGCGUGAUAGACCAGUAGAUUCAGCUGAGAGAUAUAUGCACAUACAUCUGUCUUUUACCUAAAUAAGAUGAUCUUAGACAUAACGUGUUUUACAAUCCAGUUUCACACUUUAGGGCACACUCAUCAGUUUAAAUUAAAAAGAGUUAAUUAAAAAGACAGAAAAGAUCAAGCUCAGAAACCUGCAGUGAUGCCAGAAAACUAUCACGUGUCAUUGCUUAUCACUUUGUUUGCAUCAGAAUUACUGUGCUGAAAAGACAGAGAAACUAAGGGCAAAUAUCUACAGAGACUGAAACUGUUUUCUUUUUGUUUUUUUUUGUUUUUUUUUACAUUUAGCUCUUAUUAUUUGAAAGGAUGAAAGCCAGACGUAUCAAGCAAAAAAAGUUGAGAAUCUAACAUUAAUGACACAAAAUCAUUUUCAUUAUAUCUGCACAUUGUGUCUCAAGUGAUUUUACACAUUUGACAUUUGACUGAAGUUCACUGCCUUGCUCAAGGACACUUCACCAGAAGUGGGGGCCAGGGGGGCUCUACAAAGAUCAAGUCCAAGGCACUUCUCACUGAUCGAAUGAGUUCUUCCUCCAUGAAGGCAAUAGAAGGUGUGGGAGAGCAGAGAGGACUCUCGAUCAGCCUCUCUGCAACACCUCCAUCAUUACUGUUCCUCAGACACAACAGUGUCCUGAUUAGGGUACUGUUUUAAGAUGGGAACACUGGUCACAGUUUAACCUCCGGGUGAGUCCAUGAUGUGUGUAUAUUUUGUCACAGUGUAAAUGGAUUAACUACCUUAGCAUAAGCUAUGUGUGUUUUCUGUCACACACACACACACACACACACACACACACACGCACACACACACACACACACACGUCAAACUGUUAUCCAUACAUAAAAUGUCAGAGAGCUUCAAAAUCUGAGGCAGAAGCCUUUAGAGGGUCAGUUUACCCCAAAAUGAAAAACAUAUUUUCUCCUUACCCCAGGUGGUACUGAGCAAUACAGAUCACUGUGGUCUAAUGUGACACACAAACAACACACACACAUAUAUGUAUAUGUGUGUGUAUAUAUAAAGUGGUUCUUCAGCUGGUUGAUUUUGUUUUUGAUAUGUCUCAGAUUUCUGCCUCUACUUCAAUAAAAUGGAAAUAACUUUCAUUUGUUGUUUUCACAGCACCCAUAGGCACAAAACAAGAGUCUAAAGCCAUGCUGUCAUAACUGUGAGGCUGCUCUUCAAAACAGAUUGUGCUCUCUGUGAAUGCACAGAGAGCAUAAUC